AGAACACUCAAACUCCAACAAACAAACAAUGGAACAAUCACAGAAAUCCCAGAAUGCCCUCUUUCAAGUCUAUCUACGACUGCGACCACCUCCACCUGGCCAAGCUGUUUCGGAGCGAUUUCUAACAGUCGAAGAACCAGGGGACGAUGCGCCGCCAACCCAUAUCACGUUGAACCCGCCAAAUGACAAUAGACGACGCGCCGUGGAGAAAUUUGCGUUCACAGAGGUGUUUGAAGAGGAUUCGAAUCAACUUGAUCUCUUCCAUGGGACAGGUGUAUUGCCGCUCGUUGAAGGCGUUCUUGGACCACAAGGUGGAGAGGGCAGAGAUGGAUUACUUGCGACUCUGGGUGUUACUGGUAGUGGAAAGAGCCAUACAAUCCUAGGAUCUCGAACACAGCGCGGCUUGACGCAAUUGGCCCUCGAUGUCCUGUUCCGCUCCAUCUCGAACAAUAUCCUCGACCCUGCUACCACAACUUCACUCCACGCAACAGUCGCAGCAUCAGACCCAUCAGAAGCACAAGUAAUGUCCUCGCAGAUGUUCCUCGAUACCAUGUAUGGCGAUCCUACAGCGGCAUCUCGAGCCAGCUCACGAGCACCUACUCCCAUGGUAGGCGAAUCUUAUGCACCACCUCCUACUCCGAGAAGACAUCUUCAGCGACCUUCGGCUUUGCCGAUUGUGCCGGAUAUCAGUAAUGUUACUGUAGAUGCGGAUUCAAAUGCCGAGUACGCGAUCUUGAUCUCGAUGUAUGAGGUAUAUAAUGAUCGGAUCUUUGAUCUUCUCACGCCUGCUAUCCCGAACAAAUCUACGAAAGACUUUCGUCGACGACCACUUCUUUUCAAAUCCACGGAGCAAUCUCCAGACCGGAAAGUAGUUGCUGGAUUGAGGAAGAUUAUCUGUGGUACGAUGAAGGAAGCCCUAAUGGUUCUCGAAGCCGGACUCCAUGAACGUCGUGUCGCCGGGACAGGUUCAAACAGCGUCUCAAGUCGAAGCCACGGAUUCUUUUGCGUUGAAGUCAAGAAGCGAAGAAGAAGCAGAAUGCCUACUCAAUGGGGAGGUUCUGCUUUGACCAUUGUCGACUUAGCUGGUAGUGAGAGAGCUCGUGAUGCCAAGACACAAGGUGCAACUCUGGCUGAGGCUGGUAAGAUUAAUGAGAGCUUGAUGUAUCUUGGUCAGUGCUUGCAGAUGCAGUCAGAUCUUGGUAACUCUACGAAGCCCAAUCUGGUUCCAUUUCGCCAAUGCAAACUCACGGAGCUACUUUUCUCCAACUCUUUCCCCUCGACUUCUCAUCAGUCGGUCCCUUCAACGCCAUCUCAUCACCACUCUUCUCAACAACCUCGCAACCCUCAAAAGGCAGUCAUGAUUGUUACUGCUGAUCCUCUUGGGGAUUUCAACGCCACUUCUCAGAUCCUCCGUUACUCGGCUCUCGCCCGCGAAAUCACUGUUCCACGUAUCCCAUCUGUGACAUCCACAAUCCUCGCCCAAUCCACCGCAUCUCACUACUUCAGUCCCCGUGCCGGCCGUAUGUCACCUACUGACACAGAACGUGAAACGAUGGAAAUCGCCGCACUUGAAAUUGCUCGCAUGUCAGAAGAAAUCGACGGUCUCCGCGCUGAACUCCUCGCAGAACAGCAACAGAGACUAGAAGUGGAAGCACAUCUCGAAUCCAUGACCGACCGCAUCAUGGAAGUCGAAGCCGAAGUCCGCGAAGAAUGUUUCUCGGAAAUGGAAGAGACGAUGGAGGCUGAGAUGCGGAGAUGGAAGGCGAGCUGGGCGCAAGAACAGGAUAAGAGUGAAGAGCAUAUAGAUCGGAAGUUGGAGAUUUAUACCCGGAGUAUUGAUGCGUGUGAAGAGGAUAAGGAGAAUACGCCCGUGAGAGACAUUAGUUUGGAGAGCGAGAAUGAGAGGUUGAGGAGAGAGGUGGAGAUUCUGAGACGGGAGGUUCAGGGACGGAGUCCGAGCAAGGGACAAAGGGCGCCGCUCAGAGAUAUGCAUGUGGGCGAUCUGGGGAGCCAGAUGGAGAAGAUGAGAGUUAGUGGGGGUAGUCAGAGGGUUGCUAGUGGCGGCAGUCCCGUGAAAAAGGUCAGGAAGUUGACUGCUAAGAAGUGGGAUAUGAUGGGUGAGGAUGAUGAUUUGUUGUGAUUGUUGAGACUGUCUAUUGGAGUAUGGCGAGAGACUGUGUGAGCUUAGGCGUUGUGGAGUAGGGUAGCAAUAUCAUCGUGGUGUUUAUUCUUGAUAUCAUUUUGUGUUCCUCUGUUUAAUGUAUGUCCUUAAGUUGAGUGUCAACUACUCCAUCUUUUACG